AUGAGCAGUGGUUUUUAUCAGCAAUUUUUCAGAAUCUACUCCAGAGGUGUACUCCUAAGACAAAUGUUCAGAUCCUCGGCUAGAACAUCCUAGAGAUCAAACAAUAUGUUCAACAAUUCAGCUGCUAUGAUCAUUACUCCUCUUGCUUUCCAAAUGCUUAUCCUGAAUAACUAGCACAAUCUAUCGCAAUGCGAGGAAGCUCCCAGGUAAGAUAGAAUCAGAGGUAACUACGAGAACAAGAUAAGAUUCUUCAGUCCUCCAGAGAAAAUUUUCGAGACAUUUGCAAGUUCAAAGAAUGAAAAAGGGGAUCUUGUAAUGAGCUAUAGUGAUUUCUUCAGAGCUCUGACACCAUAUAAUCACUCAGAGAUCAAGGACAGCAAACCUUACUUUGAUAAGUACAAGCCAGACAUUCUGAAAGUUGCUGAUAGUAACGGAGAUGGGGUAAUCUCAUUCCCAGAGUUCUUCUUCUUCAUUACCAUCCUUCAAAUGCCAUUAGGGUUAAUUCAUAAGGAGUUCACUAAACAUGUGAAAGAAGGUGGAAAAAUGAACUAAGAUGAAUUUUCAAAGACUUUGACUACUCUUAGAAAGAAGACCUUGCUAGGAACAAAGCAAAUUAACAAGGGAAUGGUGCCUGAUGCUAGACUUAUCUCUGCUACAGAAGAUGACUUCUCUCAGACCAACAAUGAAAUCUGCAACUAAUUGUUCAAGAACAAGACUCUUUUCUCUUAUGAAGAUUUCAUAAACUUUAGAGAUGAACUUAAAAUAGCUCUCAGACACUACGAGUUCCAUUAGUAUGAAGUAAAUGAAGAAAAUGACUCAAUUUCAAUGGAAGACUUUACUAAGAGUCUGAUGGUUUGUCUUCCUUACAAGGAAGCUCAUAUGUAUAUCAAGAGAGUGCAUGAAUUAAAAUUAGAUGGAGAGGUGUCAUUCAAAGAAUUUCUUGCUUUCUAAAGAUUCAUCGAUGAUGUUGACCACAUUAAGGAGAAAGUACUCGUCUAUAGAUAUAUUACUUUGGAUUAACUGAAGUCAUUAUGCAAAGAGUUCUGUGAAGAAGAUGAAUUUUGCAAGAAAGAGAAUGUCUAAAUCAAUCCUAAGCAAGUAGAGGCUCUGGUUAGGCUACUCGACUUGGAUGGUAACGGCUAAUUAGACCAUGAUGAGGUUAUCGGAGUACUUGAUCAAAGGCAAUUGCUAGGACAAGGCAAAGAAAACGAGUUAAAGGAAGCAAUUGAGUCCAGUUUCAAGAAAGUUGUUCAAUGGUUCAGAGAAACUCUUGGAAUUUGA